GUCACUGCAAAACAACCAAACAACUGACCAACCACCACGAGCCAAAGAGCCAACCCACACCACUCUGUGUCUGUACUCAGCGCGAGGUCACGGGCCCAACAAUGCCUCGCUCCGGCGCUCUCCCCCUCCUCGCCGCGCUGGUCCUCGCCCUUGCGGCCGCGGCCGCAGCCUCCUCGGGAGCGGCGAAGGGCGCACCGGCGGCCACCGACUUCAUCCGCAAGUCGUGCCGCGAGACGCAGUACCCGUCGGUGUGCAUGCAGAGCCUGUCGUCGUACGGCAAGCCGCCGCCGCGCAGCCCGCAGGAGCUGGCGCGCGCAGCGCUGUCGGUGAGCGCGGACCGCGCGCGGUCGGCGUCGGCGUACGUGGGGCGGAUCUGCGGGCCGGCCCCCCGCGGCGGCGGCGGCGCCAAGGCGGCGAAGGGCAGCCCCGCGCGCGACUGCCUGGAGAACAUGGCGGACAGCGUGGGCCACCUGCGCGACGCGGCCAAGGAGCUGGACGGGAGCCUGGGCCGGGCCGGGUCGCCGGCGUUCCGGUGGCACCUGAGCAACGUGCAGACCUGGUGCAGCGCGGCGCUCACCGACGAGAACACCUGCCUCGACGGGCUCUCCCGCGGCGUGGACGCCGGCACGCGCGCCGCCAUCCGGAGCAAGGUCGUGGAGGUCGCCCAGGUCACCAGCAACGCCCUGGCGCUCGUCAACAAGGUCGGGUCCGGGCACUAGCCCGGCCCGUCCCAGGCCCAUCCCCACUCGCUUCGCCUUGCUGCGUACUACUGCGCGCGUACGCAUAGCAGCUCGUAUCCUGGUGCUCUAUAAUCUUGGGUCAUGUACUACUGUAUUCCAGUUUCGAUGUGUUCUUGCUGUGCUGUAAAAUGUACUUAGCUAAGACAAUCAAUUAAGAGUGUAAUUAAUGAUAAGGUGGCGAAAUUAAGCCAAAGUGCGUGUUCUCUUGCUAGCUAUAGCUUCUGAUUAA